CCCCGCCAAACUGCAAUGGGGCGGAAAAAGAUCCAGAUCAGCCGCAUCUUGGACCAAAGGAACCGGCAGGUCACCUUCACCAAGAGGAAGUUUGGGCUGAUGAAGAAGGCGUACGAGCUGAGCGUUCUGUGUGACUGUGAAAUCGCCCUCAUCAUUUUCAACAGCACCAACCGUCUCUUCCAGUACGCCAGCACAGACAUGGAUAAGGUGCUCCUGAAGUACACUGAAUACAGUGAGCCGCACGAGAGCCGGACCAAUUUGGAUAUCCUGGAGACUCUGAAACGAAAGGGCCUGGGUCUAGAGAGCCCGGAACUGGAUCUUGAAGAAUCUUUGGCCCCCGUGGGGAAACUGAGGCGGCUCGGCGAGGGUGUGGACCUGAGUACAUCGCGGCCAAAACUUUGUUCGGCUGCUUCCUUGUCUAGUCUAGAGGGGGCGUCGAUGGGAACUCCCCUCUCUGGAAGUGAGGGGGGCCUGAGCAGCACAGGGGGGUCUCCCCUCCAAACGAGUCGUUUGCCUCCGUUCAAGCCGGCUCUCCCCAGGCAUGGGGCCCCUUCCAGGCGCUCUCCGGGACCCCUCGCAUCAGGUAUUGGCUACCCGAUCUUCUCGCACGGCAACCUGAGCCGCGCGUUGACCAACAGAACCCCUCCCCCGCUGUACCUGGGGGCUGACGCCCGCCGGACCGAUGGACACCAUUCCAGCGACAGGAACAACCAGCGUUCCUUGUAUCCCAGCUUCCAGACCAUGAGCCCAGUGUUGCCCUCCGGAAGUACCUCUCUUCCCGGACACGGUCUGCCGGGUUACCCUUUCCUCCCCUGCAACCAAGCAGAGUAUCCCUCCGGAGACGGCGCCUUGCAUCCCUUCGGCCUCCAGGCUGGCCCUGUGGCUACGUGGCAACGAGACAUGGCCGUGGCCAGGCACCCAUCUCUGGGGGCGACCAGUCGAGCGGCCGACCAGCCUUCGCUGACUUCCGCCUCCCCUCCCUCGCACCAGCCCGUCAGCGUCAAGUCCGAGCGGGUAUCCCCGAUGGCCAGCUGUCCCGCAACCCCCCCGCAGCCACCUCUGUGCGCCCGUCCCUCCCUUGGGGAGGUCCCCAUGGACGACUACGUCAAGGCCUACCACUACUCCCUGUUCUUCUCCCGCCCCCUGGCCGAAGAGCAGAGGCACCCCAGCGUUUCCGCACGCCGUCUGCAGGCCGCUGUCGAGGACUGGCAAAGAUAA